GUAAACAGUCCCAAACCCUUUCGCCUUGCUACCACCUCCACCGCGUACAACGCAGCUCUCAACGGGCGCGACGUGUCCUCAAAAUCCCCGCCCACCAUGGAUAUCUCCAAGCCCAUCUCGUUCUGUGAACACCUCCAACUCUCUGCCAUCGGCGUCCAGCCCGCCUCCAUCUCCUUCCAGACCCUGACUCUCGAAUCCGACCACUUUAUUUGCGUACGAGAGAAAGUCGGCGAGCAGAACCAGGUUGUUAUUGUCGACCUCGCAGAUGCCAACAAUGUCCUCCGACGACCUAUCACUGCGGACAGUGCAAUCAUGCACCCGCACCAGAAGAUACUGGCAUUGAAGGCUGGUCGGACAUUACAAAUCUUCAACCUCGAGACGAAGCAGAAGGUCAAGUCACACGUCAACGCCGAGGAUGUGGUGUUCUGGAAGUGGAUCUCAGACUCUACGAUUGGCAUGGUCACCGACACAGCCGUAUACCACUGGACGAUGUCGGACACGACCUCCCCCCCGCAGAAGAUCUUCGACCGUCAUCCGUCGCUCGUGGGUGCGCAGAUCAUCAACUACCGCGCGUCCACAGACGAGAAGUGGUUGGUGCUGGUCGGCAUCUCCGGGAACGCGACGAACCCCUCCGCUUUCAAGGUCAAGGGCGCUAUCCAGUUGUACAGCAGGGAGCGGGGAGUCAGCCAGCCGAUUGAGGGGCACGCUGCGGCGUUCGCGGAACUCAAGCUGGAUGGGCACCAGAAGCCGACGAAGCUCUUCUCGUUCUCCGUCCGGACGGCGACUGGUGCGAAGCUUCACAUCGUGGAGAUUGACCACCAGGCUCCGGACCCCCCGUUCACGAAGAAGGCGGUCGACGUGUACUUCCCGCCAGAGGCGACGAACGACUUCCCGGUGGCGAUGCAAGUUUCGCAGAAGCACGGCAUCGUCUACCUGGUCACGAAGUACGGCUUCAUCCACCUCUACGACCUCGAGUCUGGGGCGUGCAUCUACAUGAACCGUAUCUCUGGGGAGACCAUCUUCGUCACCGCGGAGCACGAGGGGUCGAACGGCAUUAUCGGUGUGAACAAGAAGGGUCAGGUGCUGAGUGUUAGUGUCGACGAGCAGACCGUCAUUCCUUAUAUCCUCACAACGCUCGCGAACACGGAGCUCGCAUUCAAGCUCGCUAGUCGAGGAGAUCUGCCUGGCGCAGACGACUUGUACAUUAAGCAGUACCAGCAGCUGUUCCAGACUGGCCAGUACAGCGAGGCGGCGAAGGUUGCUGCCAACUCUCCGAGGGGUAUCCUCCGGACGGCUCAAGUCAUCGAGUCGUUCAAGUCAGCACCAGCACCGCCCGGUGGCCUCUCCCCGAUCUUGCAGUACUUCGGCAUUCUGCUCGAGAAGGGUGAGCUGAAUCACCUCGAGUCCGUGGAGCUUGCGCGCCCUGUACUCCAGCAGGGUAGGAAACAGCUGCUCGAGAAGUGGCUGAAGGAGAACAAGCUCACCUGCAGCGAGGAGCUCGGUGACAUCGUGCGACUCCAUGAUAUGACACUCGCUCUCAGCGUGUACCUCCGGGCAAACGUGCCCAACAAGGUCGUUGCUUGCUUCGCCGAGACAGGGCAGACGGACAAGAUCGUGUUGUACGCAAAGAAGGUCGGCUACACGCCUGACUUCAUCGGUCUUCUGCAGCACAUCAUGCGCACGAACCCGGAGAAGGGCGCUGAGUUCGCGAUGCAGCUCGUCAACAACGAGGACGGUCCGAUGGUCGACAUCGAGCGGGUGGUCGACAUCUUCAUGUCGCAGAACAUGAUCCAGCCAGCGACGUCGUUCCUGUUGGACGCCCUCAAGGAUAACAAGCCCGAGCAGGGCCACCUCCAGACGCGCCUGCUCGAGAUGAACCUCGUCCACGCGCCUCAGGUUGCCGAUGCCAUUCUCGGUAACGAGAUGUUCACGCACUACGAUCGUCCCCGAAUCGCGAACUUGUGUGAGAAGGCAGGGCUGCUGCAGAGGGCACUCGAGCACUACGAGGAUCUCGCGGAUAUCAAGCGAGUCAUCGUCCACGCUGCCGCGUUCCCACCAGAAUGGAUCGUCGACUACUUCAGCCGGCUCACUACUGAGCAGUCCUUGGCUUGCCUGGAGGAGAUGCUACGCGUCAACAUCCGCCAGAAUCUGCAGAUCGUGAUUCAGGUUGCAACCAAGUAUUCCGACAUCUUGGGUCCCGUCAAGCUCAUCGAGCUGUUCGAGCGUUUCAAGACCUUCGAGGGUCUUUACUACUACCUCGGGUCGAUCGUCAACCUCAGCACGGACCCCGAGGUGCACUUCAAGUACAUCCAGGCCGCUACGCGCACAGGUCAGAUCCGCGAGGUCGAGCGUAUCUGCCGUGAGAGCAACCACUACAACCCGGAGAAGGUCAAGAACUACCUCAAGGAGGCCAAACUCGCCGACCAGCUUCCGCUCAUCAUCGUGUGCGACCGCUUCGACUUCGUGCACGAUUUGGUUCUCUACCUGUACCAGAAUGGCUUGACAAACUUCAUCGAGGUGUACGUGCAGCGUGUCAACUCCGUGCGAACUCCCCAGGUCAUCGGUGGUCUGUUGGACGUUGACUGCGACGAGACUACCAUCAAGUCGCUGUUGGCCUCGGUCCCGGGUAACUUCCCUAUCGACGAGUUGGUGAACGAGGUCGAGGCCAGGAACAGGCUGAAGCUCAUCCUCCCCUGGCUCGAAGCGCGUGUGCAGCAAGGCAGCCAGGACCCUGCGGUGUUCAAUGCCCUUGCCAAGAUCUACAUCGACUCGAACAGCAAUCCCGAAGCGUUCCUCAAGGAGAACAACUUGUAUGAGCCUCUGGUCGUCGGCAAGUUCUGCGAGAAGCGAGACCCGUACCUGGCAUACAUCGCGUACGCCAAGGGCUUCUGCGACGAUGAGCUCAUUGCGAUCACAAACGAGAACUCGAUGUUCAAGCAGCAGGCGCGGUACCUCGUCAGGCGUCGUCAACCCGAGCUCUGGGCUCAAGUUCUCGUCCCCGACAACAUCCACCGUCGUCAGCUCAUUGAUCAGAUCAUCGCGACUGCUCUGCCCGAGUCCACGGACCCCGACGAUGUGUCCAUCACUGUCAAGGCCUUCCUCUCGGCCGACCUGCCCAUUGAACUUAUCGAGCUGCUCGAGAAGCUGAUCUUGGAGCCGUCGCCCUUCAGCGACAACAAGAACCUCCAGAAUCUCAUGAUGCUCACUGCUAUCCGUGCCGACAAGGGCAAAGUCGUCGGCUACAUCGACAAGCUCAAGAACUACGACGUUGCGGAGAUUGCCAAGAUCGCCACCGACCACGGCUUGUACGAGGAGGCAUUCCUCAUUUACAAGAAGUACGAGCAGCACGCCAACGCCAUCAAUGUUCUGGUCGAGCACAUCGUGUCAUUGGAUCGUGGGGUUGAGUACGCCAUCAAGGUCAACAAGCCGGAGGUAUGGAGCAGGCUGGCGAAGGCACAGCUGGACGGCCUGCGUAUCAAGGACGCCAUCGAUUCGUACAUCAAGGCCGAGGAUCCCGGAAACUACGUCGAGGUUAUUGAGAUCGCCAGUCGUGCAGGCAAGCACGAUGAUCUUGUGCGCUACCUCCAGAUGGCUCGCAAGACUCUUCGUGAGCCGAAGAUCGAUACCGAGCUUGCGUAUGCCUAUGCCAAGACCGAUCGUUUGCAUGACAUGGAGGACUUCCUGGCAAUGACCAACGUAGCGGACGUUCUUGAGGUCGGAGAGAAGUGUUUCGAGGACGAACUCUACCAGGCUGCGAAGCUGCUCUUCCAGAGCAUCUCCAACUGGGCGCGGCUUGCGACUACUCUCAUCUAUCUGGGCGAGAACCAGGCGGCCGUCGAGAGUGCGCGGAAAGCUGGCAACACUCAAGUCUGGAAGCAGGUCCACCAAGCAUGUCUCGAGAAGGGCGAGUUCCGCUUGGCCCAGAUUUGUGGUCUCAACAUUGUCGUCCAUGCGGAAGAACUACCGGCGCUUGUGCAGCUGUAUGAGCGUCGUGGUCACUUCGAGGAGAUCCUGUCAUUGCUGGAGGCUGCUCUCAGCUUGGAGCGUGCGCACAUGGGGAUCUUCACAGAGCUUGCGAUCCUCUACAGCAAGUACAAGCCGGAGAAGCUCAUGGAGCAUCUCAAGCUGUUCGUGUCGCGUAUCAAUAUCCCCAAGGUCAUCAAGGCAACAGAGAGGGCACACCUCUGGCCCGAGCUCGUCUUCCUGUACAUCAAGUACGACGAGUUCGACAAUGCGGCGUUGGCGAUGAUCGAGCGGUCUGCAGAUGCUUGGGAACACAACCAGUUCAAGGACGUCAUCAUCCGGGUCGCGAACAUCGAAAUCUACUACAAGUCCUUGACCUUCUACCUCCAAGAGCAACCGACGCUGCUCACCGACCUGCUGACUGUGCUCAUUCCCCGUAUCGACCACUCCCGCGUUGUCAGGAUGUUCAGGCAAAUGGACCACAUCCCGCUCAUCCGCUCAUACCUGAUUGCCGUACAACAUCUUAACGUCGAGGCCGUCAACGACGCGUACAACGACUUGCUGAUCGAGGAGGAAGAUUACAGGACGCUGCGCGACUCGAUCGACAGCUUCGACAACUUCAACAACGUGAAGUUGGCGAAGCGGCUAGAGACACACGAACUGCUCGAGUUCCGACGGCUAGCAGCGCACCUGUACAAGAAAAACUCACGGUGGGAGGAAUCAAUAGCACUCUCCAAGCAGGACAGGCUGUUCAAGGACGCAAUUGUCACCGCUGCGACGUCGGCGUCGACGGAGGUUGCGGAGGAUCUCCUUUCGUACUUCGUCGACAUCGGCAACAAGGAAUGCUUCGCAGCGAUGCUCUACGCGUGUUUCGACUUGCUUCGGUCAGACGUCGUUGAGGAGGUGUCAUGGCAGCACGGCUUGAACGACUUCUACAUGCCCUACAAGAUCCAGAUCUCGAGAACCAUGGUGGGCAAGAUGGCGGCCCUGGAGAAGAAGGUUGAGGAGCUGUCCAAGAAGGACACACAAAAGGAGCAACAAGAGGCUGAGGCUCCGAUCAUCAACCCAGGUCUCAUUGGCAACAGAUUAAUGCUGACUUCAGGAAACGGCUUCCCCAACAACGGUCCCCCAAUGAUGCCAAAUGGUACCGCCAUGGGCAUGCCACCUGUAAUGACCGGCUUUGCGAGCUUCUGAUCUGUAGAUUCUCCGUAUCGUAUAUUUGGACAUAGUUAUGCAUCUCGCUGUUCUCAUGUUGGCUAAUGAAUAUUUUCUCGCUCUCGGAUGCUUCGACCGUCUGACAACAUUGGCUAUGCAUCGAGGGGCUAUGUAUCGAGGGGCAAUCCCCUAACCCGCCAGCGGGUAACCUGGAGACGACUUUGUCGCCUGCCGGACCCAGAACCACUAGGUAC